AUGUUCCGAAGAUGCGCUCAAUACAUGGGUCAUCGCAAUGCUGCCUACAUUGUGUUCGGCUUGGGUGUAUUACUUCUUUGUAAUGGCAUGGUGACGCUCUGGCAGAUCCGCACUCCCUUGCAGCCCUCACAUCGCACCGCGCUAAGCGUUCCUGAGUCAGGGCGCAGCCACCCCAUUCACAGACUGAUAGCGGAAGCAGAGAGUAGCUUUAAUGAGCUGAUGUCAGGGUAUACGCAUGAUCUGGUGUCGGCGACAAAAGCGUAUCGACAAAAGCGUGGUCGCCACCCGCCGCCGGGUUUCGAUCUCUGGUUCCAAUAUGCCCAGGAAAAUGGCGCGCUCGUCAUUGAAGAGCUGUUUGAUCAGAUCCACGUUGAUCUGGCCCCAUUCUGGGGAGCGCCUGCAAGCAGUAUGCGGGAUUUUGCAAGGCAAUUUGAACAUCGGAUUUCUAUAAGAAACGGGUCGGCCUACAUGACUCAGAAACACGACCAGGGGACUGCAACAGGACGCAUGGAUGCAUGGCUAGAGAUGAUCGAGAGCAUCGCGCACCUACUUCCGGAUUUGGACAUGGCUAUGAAUAUCAUGGACGAGAGUCGCGUGGUCGUACCCUGGGAAGAUGCUAGCAGAUACCUCCAAAGCGAACGCCAAACAAAGAAGCUCCUUGCCUAUGACAAGGUCUCUUCACGAUAUAGCAGCAUGAACGCCUCAAAUCAAGUGUCUAGGCUGUCUCAUGUGGAAUGGUUAGGGCCAGAAGAAGAACCUUAUUGGGACAUGGCGCGGAUCGCAUGCGCACCCGACUCACCAGCCCGCUAUCAAGCAGCUUCCACGAACUUCACCGGGCCUCCACCAAUACAAUCAGCUUACCCAGCUCACUUAUAUCGGGGCUAUAUUCAAAACUGGACUCAUGCCAGAGACCCUUGUCAGCAAAAACAUCUGCAAGAGUCACAUGGCACAUUCAUUGAACCGAUAUCGAUAUCGACAACGCGCUCUUUGGUUCCCAUUUUCGGUGAAUCAAAAUUGCAGCUCAACUCAGAUAUUCUUAUACCAGCAGCUGCCUACCUAUCCGAGAAUUUUAGUGGGGGAGACUACUCUGACUCACAAACGCAUGGCGGCGAGUGGUCAGCCAAGGUAUCGGGUACUGUGUGGCGAGGUGUUGCCAGCGGAGGUCGUAACAAGGAAGAAAACUGGACUCGCUUCCAUCGACACCGCUUCGUUACCAUGUUGAAUGGAACUUAUGUGGAUAAAGUCGAAACAGAUUCCGAUGCCGUGGCAAAAGGUCGAACAUUCAAUCUGCAAUCAUACGCGACCUAUCAACUCAGUGCAACAAAACACAUGAAUCUAGGCCGCUGGCUCAAUCAAAUUGCCAAUGUUGGUUUCACAGACAUGCUCUGCUGGCCACGGACCGACAAGCCUAACUGCGAUUACACGAAUCCCUAUCUCAAAAUUGUCGACAAGGUCCCCAUGUCAGAACAGUACAAGUACAAGCUUCUUCCAGACAUUGACGGCAACUCUUUCUCGGGACGCUACCUUGCAUAUCUCCGUUCGACGUCAGUACCAAUCAAAGCGACCAUCUACUCUGAGUGGCACGACGACCGUAUCAUACCAUGGCUGCACUUUGUACCGAUGGAUAACUCAUACGUUGAUGUUUACGGCAUACUAGACUACUUCUUAGGCACUGGAGACAGCCACAUGGUGGUAUCCAACGGCGCCCACGAUGAAGCAGCUAAGAAGAUAGCGCUUCGGGGCCAGGAAUGGGCGAACAAGGUACUACGCAAAGAGGAUAUGCAUGUAUACACGUUUCGCCUACUUUUGGAGUAUGCAAGGCUUUGCGAUGACAACAGAGAACGACUGGGCUUCGUGGAGGACUUGAGAGCAUAG